UCCUCAUAAAUUCCAAAUGGGCUACUGCUGUCGUGCUACUAGCCUGCGAGGGCGACAUGGAUCGAUGCGAACACGAUAAAGACGGCAACCGGGCAUGUGCGUAACCAAAAUUACUGGGACAGUCAGCGGUGAUAAGUGACUUCUAGCUGCAACUCGACAUGUAAUUCUUUUGAUUUCCGUUUUCCCCCAAUUUUUACUUAAUCUGGUGAUAAGUGACUCGAGAUGGGUUCUGUGGUGAAUCAGAUUGUUUCUUGCCAAGAUUGGGAUACUCGUUGUUUGAAUAAUAAACGUACACUAUAGCUUAGUUACCCUUUUUUUGAACGGGCUGUAAACCAUUACACUGUUGAUUACAUGAUUGUCUCUGAACUAGAAGUACACUAUUCAUACCGCUGCAUAUAGCAUAGCCACUCAGAACUCAGAAAGUGUUGUUGAGGGAUCAUCAAACAAUUAAUUCAUCUUGGUAUAAAUAGAAUGGUCUCCAGGGGUCAAAUGUCUGCUGUAAAGGUCAAGGAGGGGAUGGAAGUUCGUGAUGGGCAGCCAUCAGUGGCCCCCGUAUACCGAAACCUCUUGACUAAGGAUGCAUUUUAUCCUACUAAUCCUGACUUAUCUACUGCCUGGGAACUCUUAAACGGAGUCCAUAUUUCUGGAAAACCUACAGUGAAGUGUUUGAAGAAAUUCUACAGGCUGGUUCAGCAUUGCGAGCGCAUGGUGUUGAACCUGGUGCUCGUAUUGGAAUUUAUGGAUCCAAUUGCCCUCAGUGGAUCGUGGCAAUGGAGGCCUGCAGUGCCAAGAACGUUAUCUGUGUUCCACUCUAUGACACCUUUGGAUCGAAGGUUGAUGUAGUUUUUGUCCAAGACAAGAAAGUGAAAGAACUGUUUAGUGAUGAAUGUACUCACUUGAAACGGCUUAAACAAACGCACAACAAAAUUACGAACGAAACGAGAAGAUGAAGAAGAAGCAGAAAGAAGUGAUUGGAAUCUUAGUCAUCUACACUUGUCAGGGAAGCUACCAAGCAUGAUUAACCGAUGCUUCAAGUUUCUAGAGGCGUCUUUUCUAGAUGUAUAGCUCUAAUUAGGCGUCUUUUGUAGAGAUAUAACUUUCAUUUUUGUUAUUGUACCACUUAAAUCAAGGGUUAGGCCAUGUUCUGUAUUUCCGGAGGGUGUUGGUUUAGUCCCCCCUCUUCUGUAUCCUGUUUUUGCAUUUAAUAAAAUUUCUAUAUUUCAACAUUAAAAAAUAUGACAACUUUA